AUGAAAUUCCUCGUCUCUCUCGCAGCCCUAGCCAGCGUUGCUCUGGCUCAAAAUGCCGGUAUUGGAUACCCCGCUGAGGGCCAGAAGCUCAAGGCUGGUAGUGAUACUGUUGUGCAGAUUCAGCGACCUAACUCCCUAACCGGAUCGACCGAGCUGCAGGUUGCAAUUGGUAUCUCAUCUUGUGCUUCUUCGCCUUGCCUGAGCCCCGAGGACACAAUGGGAACCAUCCUUUACCACGGCGACUUCAAGCCCGUAUACCACGAAUCUAGCGCUCCUCCCUAUGAGAACUUCACUGUGACCAUCCCUUCCACUAUCAAGGACGGCAAGGCCCAGGUCAACAUCGCCCAUUUCGCCCUCGUUGGCGCGGGCAAUUACCCUUACUUGGAGACUCUGAAUCGGACUGUUGAGAUUAACUAG